AUGCCCACGAAUAAGACCGCCCGGGGUGGUGCUAAGUCCACCUUCUUCAAUGCCCUCACUCAGUCCGCCGUGCCGGCCGAGAACUUCCCCUUCUGCACCAUCGACCCGAGCGAGGCCCACGUCUACGUGCCCGAUGAGCGCUUCGACUGGCUGUGCGAGGUGGCCAAGCCCAGCAAGGUCUCCCCGGCCCAUCUGACCGUCAUGGAUAUCGCCGGUCUGGUGAAGGGCGCCGCCGAGGGCCAGGGUCUCGGCAACGCUUUCCUGUCGCACAUCCGCGCCGUCGAUGCCAUCUUCCACAUGGUCCGUGCCUUCGACUCCGAUGACAUCACCCACGUCGAGGGCGACAUCGACCCCGUGCGUGACAUGAGCAUCAUCCACAACGAGCUCCGCCUCAAGGAUGAGGAGUUCCUCGAGCGCAAGAAGAACGAGCUCGACAAGAAGGGUGCCGGCCGUGGUGCCAACCGUGACCUCAAGGAGGAAUACGACAUGGUCGUCAAGAUCUACGAGCACGUCGCUUCCGGCAAGGAGGUCCGCUUCGGCGACUGGAGCGGCAAGGAGGUGGACUACCUGAACACCCUGCAGCUGCUGACCGCCAAGCCGGUGGUCUACCUGUGCAACGUCAACCAGGCCGAUUACAUCCGCAAGAAGAACAAGUACCUGAUGAAGAUCAAGCAGUGGGUCGACGAGCGCGAGGCCGAGAGCCCCAUCAAGCCGGCCAUCAUCCCCAUCUGCGUGGACAUGGAGAUGGCCGCCACCGCCCUCGGCUCCCCCGAGGAGAAGGAGGAGUUCUUCAAGUCCCGCGGCACCACCUCCAUCAUGCCCCGCAUCAUCACCACCGGCUACAAGGCCCUCAACCUCAUCUACUACUUCACCCAGGGUGAUGUCGAGGUUCGCGCCUGGACCAUCCGCAAGGGCACCAAGGCCCCCCAGGCCGCCGGUGUCAUCCACUCCGAUCUGGAGCGCGGCUUCAUCAUGGCCGAGGUCAUGUCCUUCGCCGACCUGAAGGAGGAGGGCUCCGAGGCUGCCUGCAAGGCCGCCGGCAAGUACAAGAGCAAGGGCAAGGACUAUGUUGUGGAGGAUGGCGAUGUCAUCUUCUUCAAGUUCAACGUCACUGCCCAGAAGAAGAAGUAA